AUGGACGACAUUGAGUCUGAACCUGUUCCUUCUCCUGCUCAAGGUGUAGGUCCAAUUUACAGACCUGAUGGUGAGAAACCAACAGCAACAGUUUCAAAGAGCUUAUCAUACGAAAACGUUCAUGUAUUGCCCCAAACUCCCCAGUUGAUUGCCCUUCUAACGAUGAUUCGAGAUAAAGGAACCGGGCGUGCAGAUUUCAUCUUCUAUUCAAACAGAAUUAUUCGGCUACUGGUAGAAGAAGGCUUAAACCAUCUGCCUGUUGUGGAGCACUCAGUGACAACCCCAGUCGGCCGCGCCUAUCUCGGAGUCAAAUUUGAGGGGAAAAUAUGUGGGGUAUCCAUUAUGAGAGCAGGGGAGGCGAUGGAGCAAGGAUUGAGAGACUGUUGUCGAUCGGUUCGAAUUGGGAAGAUUUUGAUCCAGCGGGACGAAGAGACGUGCAAACCGAAACUUUUCUAUGACAAACUUCCCGCUGAUAUUGCUAAUCGAUGGGUUCUGCUCCUUGAUCCAAUGUUUGCAACAGGAGGUUCCGCUACUCUCGCUGUUGAAGUUCUGAAGGCGAGGGGUGUGCCAGAAGAUCAUAUCCUUUUCCUCAACCUCAUUGCAAGUCCGUCCGGGGUUGCGGAUUUUGCAGAGCGUUUUCCUAAACUUAGGGUAGUGACUGCAUUCAUUGACCAAGGCUUGGAUGAGAAGAAGUACAUAAUUCCAGGUUUGGGUGAUUUCGGUGACCGAUACUACACUUUGUAA